CAUCCCUUCAUGCCAUUCAUCCUCCAACCUUCCGCCCGUUCCUUAAUCCACAACCAACUUACCACCUCAUGUCGCAGAGGACGUUCAAACGCAACGCGCAUAUCGGGUACUUUAAGCGCUGCCUCAGCGUUCUCCCUCAGGCAGCUGAGGAGCAUGAUGUGAACCGUGUGACAAUCGCGUUCUUCAGCCUCGCAGGCCUCGAACUUCUCGGUGCACUCGACCGCACGGGCCGCGACGGGUGGAUAGAAUGGCUCUGGAAUCUUCAAGAGGCUGAUGGCGGCUUCCGCGGCUCGCCCAUCCCAGGCCCGGCUCACCUCCCUUCAACGUACACCGCGCUGUGCGCACUCGCCCUCCUCCGCGCGCCAUUGGAUCGACUUGACCGCCGAGGGUUGAUGCGAUUCCUGCGCGCAUGCCAGGCGGAAGACGGGAGUUUCUCACCUUCCCCUCGCAUGCCCGGGGCGUUCCAGAACGACACACGCAUGAGCUACUGCGCGGCGGUGGCACGAGCUGUUGCGCUUGGGGGAGAAACAGAGGACAUAGAUGUGGAAAAGGCACGCGCAUUCUUGACGCGGUGUAGAACAUGGGAAGGCGCAUACGCUGCGCGUCCUGGCGUGGUUGAAGCGCAGGGUGGAACAACCUACUGCGCCGUCGCCGCGCUCAACCUGCUCGGCGGGGUGGCGGAUGUAGGCGAGACGACGCGCUGGCUGGUGCAGCGCCAGCUUGGCGGGUUCCAAGGACGCCCAGGCAAGCUCGAGGACGUGUGCUACUCCUUUUGGUGUGGGGGCGCUCUGGCAACUCUCAACCAAGCCGAGCUCGUGAACUCUCCCGCCAACACGUCCUUCAUUCUCGACGCCCAGUCGCCGAUAGGCGGCUUCGGCAAGGCGCCCUCUGACUUCCCCGAUCCUUUCCACAGCUACCUCGCGCUCGCUGCGCUCGCACUAACUCCCGCCCGCGAAGAGCUAGGGCUCAAGGCUAUCGACGCAGUAUGGAACCUGCCAUUCGACGUGCGGGAUUACCUCAUGGGUUCAGCGGGGCCGAGUCAGUAAGUGAGCAAUAGGUGGUGCUCUCAAGCGACUGGAGAACCCUCUCCAUUCCGCGGCGGCGUGUCAAAGAUUGUUGCGCGGUGACUGCGAGGGCAGUGAGGCGCUGUCAACUUUGUCGGAAGUGGCCUAGUUACACAUGGAUACAAUAAUAACCCUACUUCUUCGCCGCGAGCGCAGCGCGCACCCCAUCCCGUGCUCGGCGCGCUGCGACAGUCGUCGUACCUGCGCGCUCGACCCGCUCGCCCAACGUGGCGAGGUCGUCCCGCCGUCGACUGAGCUGUGUAGCCUCCACCUCAAGAGCCACAGCGAGUGUCUUCUGCCACCCGGCGUGCCGUUCGCAUCGGCGUCCGACGGCACAGAGGCCAAGCCUAGCCGCACGCUCGAGGGCUGUCUCCUUGACUCUAUCCUCCCCCUCAAGCCC